AUGGGCUUACAAGGAGUAACCAAGAAGCCACAUGCUCUUCUGAUCCCAUUUCCAUCACAAGGUCACAUAAAUCCAUUUCUCAAACUAGCAAAGCUCCUCCACAACAAAGGCUUUCACAUAACCUUUGUGAACACUGAAUUCAAUCACCGACGCCUCGUCAAAUCUAGAGGCCCUAAUGCCCUCAAUGGCUUCCCAGAUUUCCACUUUGAGGCCAUUCCUGAUGGUCUCCCUCCCACCAACACGGAUUCAACUCAAAGCAUCCCAGCUUUGUGUGACUCUACCAGAAAUAACUCUUUCAUACCCUUCUGCCACCUUAUCUCAAAACUUAAUCACUCUCAUGAUGCCCCUCCAGUGACUUGCAUAUUCUCAGAUGGUGUCAUGUCCUUCACCAUCAAAGCUUCUCAGCAAUUUGGGUUACCCAACAUACUCUUUUGGACUCACAGUGCUGGUAGUUUCAUGAGCUUCAAAGAAUGCAAGAAUCUCAUGCAGCGAGGUCUAACACCACUUAAAGAUGCAAGCUACUUGAUUAAUGGGCAUCUAGACACUGUCAUAGACUCGAUCCCUGGCAUGAAGGAUAUCACUCUGAGGGACCUUCCCGGAAUCUAUCGUACCACAGAUCCAAAUGAUAUACUUUUGGACUUUGUGGCAGAACAAAUUGAAGCAACUUCAAAAGCUUCGGCUGUUAUUCUUCCAACUUUUGAUGCCUUGGAGCAUGAUGUGCUGGAAGCACUCUCCACGAUGUUUCCUAAACUUUACACCAUAGGCCCACUGGAGUUGCUCCUUGAUCAAACUUCAGAGAGCAAACUUGACUCAAUCAGAUGUAAUUUGUGGAAGGAAGAGUCUGAGUGCCUCAAAUGGCUGGAUUCACAGCAACCCAACUCCGUUCUCUAUGUGAAUUUUGGUAGUGUUAUAGUCAUGACACACCAUCAACUUGUUGAAUUGGCCAGGGGACUAUCAAAUAGCAAGAAGAAGUUUUUGUGGGUGAUUAGGCCUGAUUUAGUCGAGGGCGAGGCCUCAAUUUUGCCACCUGAAACUGUGGAAGAAACCAAAGAUAGAGGUUUAUUGGUGGGUUGGUGUCCUCAAGAGCAAGUUUUGAAGCACCCAGCAGUGGCAGGGUUCCUUACUCACUGUGGUUGGAAUUCCACACUUGAAAGCAUAGCAAAUGGGGUGCCUUUAAUCUGUUGGCCCUUUUUCAAUGAUCAAAUUCUUAAUUGCAGGAAUAUUUGUCGUGAAUGGGCUUUUGGUAUAUUCUAUACAUUUUGA